UGGAGGUUUGGUGAGAGGCCGGCUGUGUGCUGUCUGCAACAUUAGGUGGUAGGACUUCCAGCCCAGCGAUGCCCCCAGGCCUCUGGGGGAGAUGCUUCUGCUUGUGGGGACUCCUUUUGUGGCUCCCGGUUGGAUGUUCAGGGGAUGCACCUCCUACCCCACAACCAAACUGCACUGACUUCCAGAAUGCCAAUCUCCUUCAAGGCACCUCCCUCAAAGUCCGGUUUCUCCUCUUCACGCCUUCGGAUCCCAGCUGUGGGCAGCUAGUGGAAGGAAGUCGUGAUCUCCAGAACUUUGGGUUCAACGCCACUCUGGGAACCAAGCUGAUUAUUCAUGGAUUCAGGGUUUUAGGAACAAAGCCUUCCUGGAUUAACAGAUUUGUAAGAGCUGUUCUACGAGCAGCAGAUGCUAAUGUGAUUGCUGUGGACUGGGUUUACGGGUCCACAGGCAUCUACUUCUCCGCCGUGGAGAAUGUGGUCAAGCUGAGCCUGGAGAUCUCCCGUUUCCUCAGGAAACUUCAGGCGCUGGGGGUAUCGGAGUCUUCAAUCCACAUCAUUGGUGUUAGCCUGGGGGCCCACGUUGGGGGCAUGGUGGGACAUUUCUACAAAGGCCAGUUGGGACGAAUCACAGGCCUGGACCCUGCUGGACCUGAAUACACCAGAGCCAGCCUGGAGGAGCGCUUGGAUGCCAGAGACGCCCGCUUUGUGGAAGCCAUCCACACAGACACCGACAAUUUGGGUAUUCGGAUUCCUGUUGGACACGUGGACUACUAUGUCAACGGAGGCCAGGACCAACCUGGCUGUCCCACGUUCAUUUAUUCAGGUUACAGCUAUCUGAUUUGCGAUCACAUGAGGGCUGUGGAUCUCUACAUCAGUGCCCUGGAGAAUUCCUGCCCCUUGAUGGCCUUUCCCUGUGGCAGCUACAGGGCCUUCCUUGCCGGACAGUGUCUAGAUUGCUUUAACCCUUUUCUGCUGUCCUGUCCAAGGAUAGGGCUGAUGGAAGAAAGUGGUGUCAAGAUAGAGCCGCUACCCACGGAAGUGAAAGUCUACCUCAUGACCACUUCCAGUGCUCCAUACUGUGUGCAUCACAGCCUCGUGGAGUUUUACUUGGAGAAGCCGAGACAUAAGGAAACCAACAUUGAGGUCACCUUCCUUAGCUGUAAUGUCAGCUCCUCGGUCAAGAUCACCAUACCUAAGCAGCGACUCCAGGGGAAAGCAAUCAUAGCCCACUCCAACCCUCAGCGCCAGAUAAACCAGGUGACACUCAAGUUUCAGCCUUCUGGACAGCUUUGGAGAAGAGACCGGACUAUCAUUGCCGGAAGGUUCUGCACUGCCCCUUUGCCCAUCAAUGACAAUGAAAAUAUGGUCUGCUUACCUGAGCCAGUGAACUUACAAGCAAGCGUGACUUUUGUUCAUGACCUGAAAAUAGCCGGUGUAUAACCUAGCAAAGCCCAUCCAGUGACUGAGAACAGAAGCCAGUGGGCAAGAAGCACAUUGUCAUGGCCCAAACAGGUCCAGGCACAGGGCGAGACGGAAGUGGAUGGAGAACGAAGGGGAUGAGGCUGGGGAGCGAACACAGCUUCACUUUCCCUACAUUCGGGUUCCCCUUGCGUUCUUCUAUUCUUUAAAUUUACUUAAAAAAAAAAAAAACCUUAAAUAAAUAUGCUU